CUAGAGGGAGCUGAUUGGAGCCGGGAACCGCCGGCACCUCUAUGAUCGCCGCAGCCUCGCGGGUCCCCAGGGCCGUGCUGGGACCAGCAGAGGCUGCAUCCAGACACCAGGAAUUCACUGACGCCCCUUCCUGGGAGCCAGACCUGGGUACCUGACCCUGGGAGCAGCCACUGGCUCCUCAGGAUCUCCAGCCUCUGCCCUGCUGAGCCGUCCCGGGCCUGGGCCAGGGUCCGGGCAGGCUAACACUGCCAUUCCUGCCAGGACCUGAGAAAUGGCAUCCGGACAAGGCCCAGGUCCUCCCAGGCAGGGGUGCGAAGAAGAACCUGACCCCUCCUCCACUUCGGAGGAGCAGGUAGCCCGGGACACGGAGGAGGUUUUCCGCAGCUACGUCUUUUACCGCCAUCAGCAGGAGCAGGAGGCCGAGGGGGCGGCUGCGCCCACUGACCCAGAAAUGGUCACCUUGUCCCUAGAACCUAGCAGCACCAUGGGGCAGGUGGGUCGCCAGCUGGCCAUCAUCGGGGAUGACAUCAACCGGCGCUACGACUCCGAGUUCCAGGCCAUGUUGCAGCACCUGCAGCCAACAGCAGAGAACGCCUAUGAGUAUUUCACCAAGAUCGCCUCAAGCCUGUUUGAGAGCGGCAUCAACUGGGGCCGAGUGGUGGCUCUGCUGGGCUUUGGCUACCGCCUGGCCCUCCACGUCUACCAGCGCGGCCUGACUGGCUUCCUGGGCCAGGUGACCCGCUUCGUGGCCGACUUCAUGUUGCAUCACUGCAUUGCCCGGUGGAUCGCACAGAGGGGUGGCUGGGCUGGACGGGGAACCUGGACACGCCUGGCUUUUACCUGGUUUUUACUGACAGGUCUCAUCUCGGGCCUCCUGAAUCCUGUGGAGGGCUGGGUGUGUUUCUCCAGCCUCCUAGAAGGCCUUGGCCCCUCCCCACUCUUCUCCAGCCCCUUCUCCAGGAACGACCCUCAUUUCUUUGGGUUCCAGGCAAGUUUCCCAUCCCCACAGAGUCAGGGGUCUCCAAACUGCUAGGCUCUGGCUGCAGAGCUGGUGGGGCAGCUGCACCUGCCUGGGGACCCCCACAGGCCUGGCCUGAAUCCCUCUCCGUUCGGGGGCCCACCACCCACGCUUGGCUCCACCUGGGACACAGUGUCCCGGCUCCCUCUUCCCGAUGUCCCCCACAGCUAGCACACACACAGGGCUUUUCAUUCUAGGAGUUUUGUGCUGCAUGGGAGUCCCUAUGGGGACACAGCCAGGGGUGAUAAAAAUAACAAGCACGGGGGCGUUUAAAUGUUCCAAAAUCUACAAAGUCUUUCCAGUCCUGGGCACCCUGGUCUGUUUUCUGACACCCUUCCAAAGUGGUCACAUGCAAGUCCUAAAGGAUUCAGGCUUCUCUUUCACUCCCCCGAGGGCAUCUUGCCAAUCCCCUGGGCCCUCCGACUUGGUCUUCAAAGAGCCCACGUACUGACUGCAGUCAUAGGGAGGGGGCCCCUGCAGCAGUGGUGGCUGAAAGGGUGGUGGAUACAAGGCCCCUUGCAAUUUCCUGCAGGAAAAGCUCGGAGACGACAUUUAUGGAACAUACUCUGUGCCGGGCUUUAUGCUGAUAAUUUAUCAUACAUGCCCAAUCAGUAGGUAUUAUAGCUGGUGACCAGGAAUAGGGGGGGCCCUAAACUCCCACUUUACAGAUAAGGAAACUGAGGUACCUGUCCAGAGUUACCAGGUAGAAAGGUUGGAGAGCUGGCACUUGCCACCAGGAUACUGGCUCGAGGUUUUACAUGGAGGCCGGAAGGGUGGGGGCUGGGGCCGUUGGUCUUGAGCACAGGUCUGCCAAGGGGUGAGGCGGUGGAGGUAGCCUACACGCUACCGGCGGGAACCGCGCGACCCCUCUGAGAACGCCGGGAGGUGAGCCGGCUGCCCGGGUCAAAGAUGGCCGCUGCUGCAUCAGGCACGCAAGCGUGCCCUCUCGUGGGCAGGGCCUCGGCGCGCACCUCUCACCCCCUCCCCGCGGGAGGCUGGAAGAAAGGUGGGCCCUGGUGGCAGCUGUGUGUCCUCUGCCCCUGUAAGAAAGGCGUUAGAACUCUAUCCUGGAAGGUGUGGGAAGCCCCAUAAGGUUUUGGCCUGUGUCUAGCCUUCCACUCCACCCUCUAUUCUGCCAGGACGAAGUUGCCAAAACAAAUCUAAAUACAUCCCGGAGCUGUGAGGCGUGAGAACUUAGGAGGGACAGAAUAAGGCAGGGAGCAGAUGGGCUCUGCAGGUAUUAAGGAAGUUAAAUCAAAUUCUUCUCAAGAUUUGUAGGUCUUCUGAAAUUGUACCUUCGUCUCCUGCAAAGAGGUCUAGAUUCCUCAGUCCGUAGUGCCAUGGAGCUGGGGCAAUGCAGCCAGGGGAAGGAGCGUGUUCAGGUGUCAAGCUCAGUUGUGCAGCGUCAGUAUAAACUGGCACCUGCCCUGCCUCGAACCCGGUGCCUCCCCGCCCCCACCCCGCAGCGUACCUUCAUGUGUUUGCUGUUUUACAGCCUCUGAAGAAAGUUUAUUUUAGGCCACUGGGUGUCCAUCCAAAUGAGAAAAUCCUUCCUUUGCCCAAACCACUCAGUAGAUUGUUUGAACAAGUUUUUAGGACCUAACCAUCUGAAUAGCAUUAAAAUUAAUUAAAAUUAAUUCGUUAGUUAAUUAAAAUAAAGAAAACAACCAUAUCCUGCUCCAGUUGUACACACCAAGGAUGUAAAGGCCCAGAUCAAAGACACUUAUUUAGUUCAAUCUAAGCAGAACAGGUGUGUGUUUGUGUGUGUGUGUGUGUGAGUGAGACAGAGACAGAGAGAGAAGGGAGUUACAAGAGAUUGCCAGAGGUAUCUAAAUGUCAAGGUCCAGAAAAUCAGCAAAACCCAGUUUAUGGGACAUGGUUGCCAAUUGCCAAACACCAUAAAAAGGUGAACACCAGACUACUGGGAUAUAAAAGAUGGGGGAAGAGGAGGGAUUCAGCCCACCAGUUAACAAGAACAAAAAGCAGUGGUCUGCCCUAUCGAGCACAUGACUGGAAGCAGAUCCCUAGCAAAUUGUAUGAAUGAAUCAAAAGAGGGGCAACCUCACAAGACCAAAAUCAAGUGAUGGAAUAACAUGGGCAGAAACUGGACUUUCUGAGAAAAGUCAAUAGCUUAAGAGACGAAAGCCACAGAAUCUCCCUCCACCUGGAGUAUGGGAUUUGGCAACGGAUGCAGGCAGGCACCAAAUGGAUACCUGUGAGCAUGCAUCCAUUGCUGAAAUAAACAUGGAUAUGAGUAUACCUCUCAGCUCCACUUAACCAACUCUUCAUUUGCAGUCUGGGAAUCAUUCCUGGUGCCCAAUGCCUCAAGUUUUUCAAGGUUUAGCUAAGAACACAGUUCUUCAAAGUUUUCUGUUCCAUCACAUCGUGCAGUGAACCUGCUUUGCAAAGUUCACGGCACAGACUUUUGUGAUGAUUGGCUGCAUGGAAGCUGGGCUCACCGGCCUUCUCAUGUUUUGACUUGAACCCUCUCUUAGAGCAUCCCUACUAAGAGCAAUUUCUCCAAUUCAUUUCCAGCAGAUGGUUAGGCUUCCUCGAGAGUGAGAACAGUUUCUUGCUCAAUUCUCAGGAGGACCACACCAGGGUGAAUUUGGCAUGUCCAGCAUCUCUGAACUGUGGACGUUGUGAAUCAGAGUGCAUAGGAGGCACUGGGCUGGGCUUAGGGAUGUGGGUUCCCAUGUCUGCUAAAAAAGAAUGAGAUUUCCAGGAACCUGAUUGCCAGCCUACUAGCAGGCUGAGUGUGAGAAGGGCUGAGUGCAGGCUAAAAGCCAAAUGCUAUCCUGGUGAGGAGGUGGGGGAGUCCCUGCAUUCAGUUGUGAUGUGUAGUGUAAUGGACGAGAUUGUUUUUACAUGACCUUGGCUGGCCUGAACAAUGGGCUGGGUAGGAGUAGCCCUCCUUCCUUCUCCCAGUGAGAGGAGCCACACCCAAGCUCAGCUGACCGCUGGACUGGGGGCUUUUCCAAAUAUUCUCUGCCCCCCUCCUUGGCCAGUUGGGGACACAGUAACAUCCAUAGGCCAGAGGUGUCCAGUUACUGGCAUCCUCAGACAACUCCUGUAAUGGGCUGGCCCCCCGAAUCCAGACUGAAUGGUGCCAAGCAGCCUGGUGUUCCUUCAUUGACAAGGCUGCUUUCCCAUGCUAGCUCUAUACAAAGGCAGAGUGAUGGCAAGAAGGCCCUUCGCUGGAAUGCACACUGUAAAGCAGGCCCAGCUACCCCUGGCCUGGCUCGCCUCCACAGAAUGAGAUGAAGGUCAGAGGGCUGCGGCUGCUUCUCUUAUUGACCUCCUUGUUUUCUCUUUCCCCAGCAAAGCUGGGUGUCCUACAAUUUAACUCAAAUCUGGCACUUGUCUACCUGGAGAUAGCAUCAGAUCCCCCGAGUUAAGGGCUCAGUCCCUGAAGACUACCCCCACCCCCACCUCAAAUGCCAAUAGCAAGUCCAGAUGCUUCUGACAGACCGGCUAUAGAAGUUCCAACAACCCCUUCCUCUUGUUCGAUCAAUUUGCUAGAGCGGCUCAGAAAACAGUCUACUUACUAGAUUGCCAGUUUAUCACAAAAGAUAUUAAAAGAUACAAAUGGGGACUUCCCUGGUGGUCCAGUGGUUAAGACUCAGCGCUCCCAAUGCAGGGGGCCCAGGUUCGAUCCCUGGUCAGGGAACUAGAUCACGCAUGCCACAAGUAGGAGCCCACAUGCUGCCACUAAGGAUCCCUCACGUAGCAACAAAGAUCCAGCAUGCUGCAGCUAAGACCCAGCGCAGCCAAAUAAAUAAACAAAUAUUUAAAAAGAAAAAGAUACAAAUGAACAACCAGAUGAUGAAGAGAUAGGGUCAGGUCUGGAAGAGUCCAGAACACAAGAGCUUCUGUCCCCAUGGAGUUCUGGGUGUGCCACCCUCCUGGCAGGUGGAGGCAUAGCUGGCAGGUGUUCACCAACCAGGACGCUCUCCCAAACCGCAUGGUUCAGAGAUUCUUACGGAAGCUUCAUUACACAGGCAUGGUUGAUUAAAUCGUUGACCACUGGUUACUGAUUCAACCUCCAGCCCCUCUCCCCUUCUCCAGAGGUGGGAGAAUGGGGCCAAAAGUUCCAACUCUCUAAUCAAAGUUGGUUCCCCUGGCAACCAGCCCCCAUCCUUAGGGGCUUUCCAAAAGUCACCUCAUUAACAUAAACUCAGGUGUGGCUGAAAGGGCCUUGUUAUGAAUAACAAAAGCACCUUUAAAAAAAAUGCACCUUUAUAUAUCGCUCUUAUCUCUUAGGAAAUUCCAAGGAUUUUAGGAGCUCUGUGUGGGGAACACGGACAAAAACCAAAUAUGUAUUUCUUAUUAUAAAUCGCAAUAUCACAAAGUCUAUUUCCAUGCUACAUGAUGCUAUGGGAUUUGUCUCGAAUGUGUGUCUGACAGGGAGAGACCCAGACGGGUUUUGUCUAUGGGAAACACCCCUUCCUUGCGCCCAGGACCGCCACCCCCCCCCCCCCCCCCCCCCCCCCCGGUGCACGCUUCGUGCCACAGUGCCUCCCUCUGCCCACGGCUGCCCUGAGUCAGCACCGCUUCUGAAGCCUCUCCGCUCCUCAUCUCCCCAUCUCUGCCUUCCCAUUCCCACUGCCAAGGCCCUGGGGUGUAUCCUCAAUGUUCCAGGUUUUGGUAAUGGCCCUUCCUUGGGUCCUGCCCAGCUCAAAUCCUCCCAGAACCCCACCACCGCCAAACCCACUUCACGAAACAUUGUCUUUAUCAUGUCACAUCCCCACUUCAGAUCCACUAGAUCCGUUCUAUUCAUUACGUUCACUUCCUCUUUGCGGGUCCCUGGUGGAGGCACUGGGAAGCCAAUGUCUCUCUAUCCUUAGGGAGCUUCCACUUCAAAGGAGGAAGCGCCAAGCAGUGACAAUAGCUCAGGUGAGAAGUGUCAGGGCAGCGCAGGGGCCGUGGGGUCCCAGAGGAGAUGCACCAAGCCAGGUCUGGGGGUGAUCCAGGGAGGCUUCUCAGAGGAGGGAACAAACAGACAUUUGAGACCUUUCCAGCUUUUCUCUGACUCCUACCAGAUGGUCCAAGUAUCACGCUGUUGUCUUCAGAGCUCCUCCACUUCUUCCCUGUCCUCCAAUCCACAUUUAACAGGAUCUGCUCCCCACCCACCUCUUUUCUUUGUUUCAACCUGCUUCUUCGUCCUUUAACAUCAGAAGGGCAGCAGAAUGUGCCACCUCAAAAUAUGACACUUUGGUAUAUUUUGAGCUGUAGGCACUUGAAAAACAGCAAAUGCAGGGAGAGGCUUUCUCGGAAUCCCCCUUAUCUGCCUAAAGACAGAUCCUCUCAGGAUGGAUUGUCAUGGAUUCCCCUCCCCAGGAGUUUCAUCAACCAGAGAAGACUGUUUAUCCUCAAAGAGGAGACUAGAAGUCCACAUCGCACCAAACUUUGUCACAAACUGUCGUAUCUCCCAUCUGUUCUCUUAAGGGCCCGUUUGCUUCCUUAAAAAUCAUUUACUCUCCCCUAAGAGGCCUACAUAACCCCUCCCCCUUCCCUAUUCAGAUGGUAUUUAAUCCUGAAUUCUAAACUACAUCAGGAAGUUACUCAUUUUUCCCUGGGUAUCUCCUCCCAGGUAUAUAUGAGGUAUACAAGUCAAUGCACUUCUACUUGUUUUCCUCUUGUUAAUCUGUCUUUUAUUGCAGGGGUCUCAGCUAAGAAUUCAGAGGGGUAGAGGAAAAAUUAUCUUCCCUCCCCUACAUAUCCAAUGUUAAUUCCAUCUCUGUCAGGAAGCCUUCUGUGACCACCCUCCAAACCUGGGUCAGUUUCGCCCUUCUCUCAUCUCCAGUGUUUCUUGGGAUCUGAUGCUUAAUGGUCUUGUCCAGUUAGGAAGAUCAUUUCACUUUAAGUUUUGGGACCCGGGUAUAAGUCUUAGGUCUUCCUCUUACAUAGCUUUUGGGCUAGUCCCUCUAAAUGUGAAAAUAAAUAAGAAUGCAUGCUUGCUUUCAUUCAUUCAACAAACAUUUAUUGGAUACCAUGAAGGCUCUAUAAAACCAAAUGGAGUGGAAUGUCUGAGAACUUUGCUCUAGUAUUUGUAUUUGUCUUGUUAUGUAUAUGAUUUACCGGUAGGAACUGAGUUGUAUCUAUUGAAUUUGUUUGUCAAUUACUGCUAAUCAAAUAAUAGGACCUCAUUGUAAUCUUCAAAAAUAUUUUAUUAUUAAUAAUAAAAUCUGGGGCUUCCCUGGUGGCACAGUGGUUAAGAAUCCGCCUGCCGGGGCUUCCCUGGUGGCGCAGUGGUUGAAAGUCCGCCUGCCAAUGCAGGGGACACGGGUUCGUGCCCCGGUCCGGGAAGAUCCCACAUGCCGCCGCGGAGCAACUAAGCCCGUGCGCCACAACUACUGAGCCUGCACUCUAGAGCCCACGAGCCACAGCUACUAAGACUGUGUGCCACAACUACUGAAGCCCAUGUGUCUAGAGCCUGUGCUCCACAACAAGAGAAGCCACCACAAUGAGAAGCCUGCGCACUGCAAUGAAGAGUAGCCCCCACUCGCCGCAAAUAGAGAAAACCCGCGUGCAGCAACAAAGACCCAACUCAGCCAAAAAUAAAUAAAUAAAUUUGUAAGAAAAAAAACACAAUGUACACUGUACACCUGAAACUAACAUAACAUUGUAAGUCCACUAUACUCCAAUAAAAAUUAAAAAA